AGUCGCCGGCGACCUGUGAGGGCACUCGGAAGGGCGAGGGGAGGGGUCGGCCGCUCGCGCCUAGUUUUUCUAUCUCUCCCGGAGCCUGAGUCUCUGAGCCGUCCCCAGCAAACGCUCAGGGGCUGCAGAGGCCCCGAGAGGUGAGGGGCUCCGUGAGGGCGGGAACCAGGCUGAGGCCGCCUCUGGGGAACGGAGCGUGUCCGUUGCUGAGGGAGAAAGGCCGGGUAGGGAGCCUGGUGAGCGCCUCAGGCAGGGGCGCACGCUGAGCUUUACGGUAAAGGUGUUCCUUGACCAGCGGAAGAGGCCCCAGAGUGAGCCUGGCCCGGCGGGCCUUAGUGGGAUGUCGCCUGCCGCUCUCAGGAGAGCUUUGACGGCGGAGAGGAGUCGGCAGGCGGUGUGUGGACCCCUCCUCGGCCUUGCGUCUGCUCCCCGGGAGAGUCACCAACCGCCUCCCCGCCCAAAGGGCACCGGAGGGAGCUUCGGUUCGAGGGGUACAGUAUGGCCAGUUUCAGUGACCAACCUGCUUCUAGGCGGAUGUCCGCGGUAUUGACCCCAGAUUUCCUGUCUUCUAGCCCAUUGCUCUUUCUCCAGACCUGAUUCAACCUCUUCCUGCUUGGCUCUCUGGCAGAUUUCCUCUAGUAAGAGGUGGCUCAGGAGGCCCCGCGAAACGAGUGUGGUGUGUGGUUGCAAGGCAUGAUGGCUGCAAAAGUGGUUCCUAUGCCUCCAAAGCCAAAGCGGUCCUUUAUACUGAGAGUUCCACCAGACUCCAAGCUGGGCCAAGACCUACUUCGAGAUGCCACUAAUGGGCCCAAGACCAUCCACCAGCUAGUGCUGGAGCACUUCCUCACCUUCUUGCCCAAGCCAAGCCUGGUCCAGCCCAGUCAGAAAGUCAAGGAGACCUUGGUUAUUAUGAAAGAUGUGAGCUCAAGCCUUCAGAACAGAGUGCAUCCUCGUCCCUUGGUGAAGCUUCUGCCCAAAGGAGUCCAACAGGAACAAGAGACAGUGUCUCUGUAUUUGAAAGCUAACCCUGAGGAACUGGUGGUCUUUGAGGAUUUGAAUGUAUUUCACUGCCAGGAAGAAUGUGUGAGCUUGGAUCCUACUCUCACCUCAGAGAAGGAAGAUGACAGCAGUGUCGGGGAGAUGAUGUUACUGGUCAAUGGCAGUAAUCCUGAAGGUGAAGAUCCUGAGAGGGAACUUGUAGAAAAUGAAGAUUAUAGAGAAAAGUCUUCAGAUGAUGAUGAAAUGGAUUCUUCCUUGGUCUCUCAGCAGCCUCCAGAUAACCAGGAAAAGGAAAGACUAAAUACAUCCAUUCCACAAAAAAGGAAAAUGAGAAAUCUGUUAGUUACCCUUGAGAAUGAUGCUCCUCUAGAGGAACUCUCAAAAUAUGUAGACAUCAGUAUUAUUGCACUUACUCGAAAUCGGAAGACAAGGAGAUGGUACACUUGUCCACUGUGUGGGAAACAGUUUAAUGAAAGUUCUUACCUUAUUUCCCACCAGAGGACUCACACUGGAGAAAAACCCUAUGACUGUAGUCACUGUGGGAAAAGCUUCAAUCAUAAAACAAACCUCAAUAAACAUGAGCGAAUUCAUACAGGAGAGAAACCUUAUUCCUGUUCUCAGUGUGGAAAAAACUUUCGUCAGAAUUCUCAUCGGAGUCGUCAUGAAGGAAUCCAUAUAAGGGAGAAGAUAUUUAAGUGUCCAGAAUGUGGGAAAACCUUCCCAAAGAAUGAGGAAUUUGUGCUUCAUCUGCAGAGUCAUGAGGCUGAGAGACCAUAUGGUUGCAAAAAAUGUGGGAGAAGAUUUGGUCGGCUGUCAAACUGUACCCGGCAUGAGAAAACCCACUCAGCCUGUAAGACUCGAAAGCAGAAGUAAUACCAGGAAAGGGGUCUGAUGGUGCUGCCUCAACCUGAGAGCUUUCAUAAGUAGUUCUAAAUACCCAGGCUGCCUAAAAAGAUAUAAAUAUGUAAAAAUCUCUUUAUUGCCAAAAUUGGAUAAAUGCCCAUCUUGGCUAAAACCUCAAAUUGCUAGAAAAUUCACAGGGAAGAAAACAUUUCAAGGGCUAUACCUCAGCAUCUAGGCUUUCUGGACUAAAGACCUUUCCUUUUUGAAGUCAUAUGAUAAUGUACUGGUCACAGAUCCCUUUCCCAAGACUUUGAAGAUGAAUCUGGAGUCUGCUUACUUGCAAGGUAAAGAGUGACUUGUGUCUGUUGGAAGUAUAUCCAUUUUUCCCCCACAUGGGGAUUCAUACUUGAGAAAUAGUGCAAAGAUGCUUAUCUGGAACUGUGUUCUCGUGAAAGAACCAAACUACUGGCUUGUUGAGCCAACAGCUUCUGAUAGCAAUUCAUAUAACCCUCUAAGAACACCUGUUUUAAGUCUUGAGUGUUGAAAGGAAUUGUUUACUUUGGAAUAUAGGAAAACAACAAUUGAAUGUCAGACUCUCAUUUGUAUGUGAUCUAAAUUUGCAAUCAAUUUCUUUUUUUUUUUUUUUUUUUUUUGAGACGGAGUCUCGCUCUGUCGCCCAGGCUGGAGUGCAGUGGCGCGAUCUCGGCUCACUGCAAGCUCCGCCUCCUGGGUUUACGCCAUUCUCCUGCCUCAGCCUCCUGAGUAGCUGGGACUACAGGCGCCCGCCACCGCGCCCGGCUAAUUUUUUGUAUUUUUAGUAGAGACGGGGUUUCACCGUGGUCUCGAUCUCCUGACCUUGUGAUCCGCCCGCCUCGGCCUCCCAAAGUGCUGGGAUUACAGGCGUGAGCCACCGCGCCCGGCCAAUCAAUUUCAAUAUUUGCAAUUUGUGAUAAAAUUGACUUUUACAGAUUCCUUUUCACAACAUAAUUUAAGUGUCUACUGUUCUUACUGUAUUUUGUUCAGCUAUUGAUCUCUCCAACAGGCGUCUCAUGCUUCUCCCUUGCUAAAAGAAGUUUGGAUUACUCAGGCAGGGCCAUCCAGCCCCACCACUAGAAAAGCAUUUCAGAAUCUUGUCCCUCUGUUGAGCCCAGAUCUCAUGUGCUAGGAAGGAAACCCCAAGACCCAGAGAGGAGGGGUUGACCUGGAGGCAGGAAAAAGUUGGCUUGGAUCCAUGUCUCAUCAAUAACCUUACCACAUGCUUAGGUCCCCUCUAUGCCAUCAUCAGACCUUUGGCAAUGGGGUGUUCACUACCUCACAAGGCAAAGUGUUGUAUAUUUAGAAAUUACGUCUAUAGUGGUUAGCUCACAUUGCCCCUCAAGAGACAGGUUUCCAGGUGUCUUCACUGUAGUGGGUAUUCAUUGUCUUCAGCCUCUUGAUAUCCAGACCUUCCUGUCCUCUGCCUAGAAGCAAGGCCAGCGGUGCCUUUACGGGACCAAUCCUGUGGCGCGAUUUAUGGAUUCUUGAUCAGUUUUACUUGCUUUAGGUUUCUGGAAGUUAUACAUUGGUGUUUUGAUUGGAAGAAAGAAAUCCUAUAAAUAAUUUGGGAAAAAUUAUAGUGUAUGUUUCCCAUCCAGAAACAUGCCUUUGUAUUUAUUGGAGUAUUAUAUUCCUGUGAAAAUUUUUCUAAUUUUCUUCACGUUUUACACAAUUUUGUUACUGUAGUUUUUUCCAUUAUAUUUUUAUAGUUGAUUAUUGCUUUUACAUGGGAAAGUUAUUUUUUAUUACAUAUUUGUGUAACUAGUCACCUUACUGAAUGUUGUUAAUUUGUUGUAAAUUUUCAAUAGUUUCUUGGUUUAGUUCUGUUACAACUUUUGGUAAAAUGACACCAUCUACAAAGAAUAGGUUUGUUUCUUGCCUUC